AGGGAGCAUUUUGUUUUAGUCUUAACACCCAGUACCUUGAGCACUGGAGUCUACCAGCACUACCAUAGCCUACCUGAUUCAACCAGACAAUAGUCUGCUGAUUAGUCAAAUCGGGUGUUUAUGCUGGACUAGAACAAAAAUAUGCAAUCCUUGGGGGUCCCUCCAGAAAUGGCUAGAGAAACAAUGAGAAUUCAUGUAAAUUAUGAGAUUGCUGUUUUUUUUUUUUUUUAAAUUUUUUAUGACUGCUCAAAGUGUACAUGGUUUCUCUGUUUCAAUAGCUGUGACAUAUUCCUCGAUUUCCUCUUGGACCAGAAUCUAUUUACAGUGGAAAAUAAAUAAUUAGGGCAACAGUAUUAAGCUGCAGUAUUACACAGGUGAGAUCCUCUGGAUUUGCUGAGAUGUCACGAUUUCAAACAGACCUUCAUUGAUUCAUCCCGCUUCAUAAUGGCUAGCUCAAUGUUCUUUCCCCCUGACUGGACAACCUGCGAACACAGGGUGCAAAGUUUGAUGGAGGAAAAUCUGUGCUUUGUUCCAAUCACUACAUUGUUGCCAUCAAAUGUUCUUAAGUGGUGUAAGCCUCACCUCAAGUAGCCCUCUGAUGGCAAGCUUAAUGGUGUCUGUAUCGGACUCCAUAUCCUCUUUAUAGUUCUUCUCUAGAAACUCCCGAACAAUCUUGGCAGAUCUUCCAAUAGCAUUUGCCUAUGUACGGUUCUUAAGAAAACAAAUAAGAGGUUCAUAAGAUAGUUUGAAGGUGUAAUUCCUCUAUCUUAAGAUUUAAUGAUUUUCUUCCGAACUUCCCAAAUAUCUUCUUACAAAUCUUCCAAAUAUGUUUGUUGCUAGGUGUGUUGUGUUAGGCAAAUGUUUUAGCUAUCUAUCUAGCAAUGGCAAUCAUGUUAUCAUAUUUCUUACUGAGAUUACUGUUCUAAAACAUGUUCUUGGGUUUAAAAUAAUCAAUACUGAAUUUUUCAGAUUAAGUUUGUGAGUGAAUUAAACAUGGUCAAUUGCUUUCAUGAGCUUUUUUUCUCUCACUACCCUGAGUUUAAAACAAGAGUUUAGCUAUCUUGGAAUUAAGAACAUUUCCAAUAACUUUGUUUAUUCUUAUUUUUUUAAAGUAUAAACAUAUGAAAUAGAGCAAGAAAAUGUCAAACAUUUUGGAGGAAUUGCACAUUUGCUUAAGUUAAGUAUAUAGUUAAGGAAAAAAAUGGCAGUUAAGAAAUUUAUUGUUAAGGUUUUAUGAAUUUGGGGCCCUGCGCCUGCGAAAUUCGGCGCGAAAGGACCCGAUUUCGUGUUUUUACGAAUUAGUUGAGCUAUCCAACGUUGCCAUGACAUCGACUACAAGUGUGAUGGGAGAAGGAGAAGCAGUUAUUGGAGAAGCAGUAUUAGCAAAGAUAUAACUAAGCCAAGAUAGUUCAUCUGUGUCGUUCACAGUGGGCGCAAAUUAAGCAUUGUGAACGGAACACGCAAGGAGGGCGGAAAAGCCAAGUACUAGCUGGUGAAAUCCUAUUGGCGCGUUGUAGCAUGUAUUUGCAUAUUUCCGUUAGGGCUCGACACGUCUGUGAAGUGCGCGUGUGUACAAACUAAAUUCAUUCCUUCUUAACAACGCGAUAUUUUACAAUUUAGUGCACGGUGUUCGUAACAGAUUCUAGUUUUGGAAACAGAAAAAGGUAUUGAGAUCAGAUGUCUCAUGGAUGAGAAAAUUAGCAUAAUGUCUGCUCAGUUUCAUCUAGUUCCACUCUCUCUCACUACCCGCGACUGGACUUUCAUUCAAUUCAAGGGGCUUUAUUGGCAUGGGGAACAUGUGUUAACAUUGCCAAAGUAAGUGAGGUAGAUAAUAUACACAAGUGACAUAAACAAUAAAAAUGAACAGUAAACUCACUACCAUAUUUGGUGGUGAGAACGUUCUAAACGGAUGCUUCCUUCAGCUUUAUAGCCAUGUGACGUGUCUGGGUUACCUCUUCUCUCUGUGGUCUUCUUACUGUACUGUCUUUGCCUCUACUACUGGGUUGUCUGGCUAUAUUGUAAACAUUUAUGAAAACAAAAAUGUGCUUUUUGCUCUUAAUUUAAGGUUAUGGUUAUGUUUAAAAUCACAUUUUAAGAAGACAAAUUGUAGAAAUAGGCGGGGUUUAGGAUUUUGUGGCUGUGGUAACUAGGGACGACCCUACUACUGUGAGAAAAAAUCUACUGCAGCCUGCAGCCUAUGUCUGGUUUAUACCAAAAAAUUACUGAGUGAGCGUCUCGAUCAAGGCGAAUCUUUUCAUAGACAUUAUGGAACUCUCCACCUUUGCAACAUGACCAAAUGUAUAGUAAACUAUCAAUUUGCGUCCAGGAGAAUAUUGUUGUUUAUUCGUCAUUUCUUUUCAUUUUGGUGUAAUCCAGGGGUUCACACACCCCUAUGAUUUUCAUAAAAUGGGAAACCUAACUAUGUUAUAGAGGGCAACUAUGUUAUAGAGGGCUGCGCGCUAGAUAUAAGCUACAUAUUACAAUACAAAUAGGCUUUUCAUUUUUUCCAUUUCCUAAUAUCACAAUGUCGGUUGCAUUUUCAUCGGCGCGCCCAUGGAGCAAAGGGGAGGUGACACAACAAACUAUACAAAAGAAUAAAAAGUGUGCCUGUUCACUACACUCUGCUCUCCUGCACCUGACUUCACCUCCAAUACACACUCCUAACAUCUGCUCCUGCAUUCAUUCCAGUCAUCAGCAACAGAGCAUUGGGAUGCUGGAUGAAAAUCACCAUCUGAUACAAUGUAUAAUGGAUUACCAGAACAAAGGAAAAACAGCAGAAUGCACACAGUAUCAGCAGAUUCUUCACAGAAACCUGGUCUAUCUGGCCACGAUAGCAGAUUCUAAUCAGAACAUGCAGUCACUGUUACCUGCGCCUCCUACCCCUAACAUGGGGAGUAUGGGUCCUGGAGGGAUGGGGCAGAACGGGGGCAGUGGGCCCAUACACUCCCAGAGCAACCUCAACGACGCCAUGACACCUGGCCUGCCCCCCUCCUCCAUGAUGCAGAGUCAGAUGAGCAAUGGCCCCAGCCAUGCUCCCAUGCAGCAGCAGCAGCAGCAUGCGGAUCAGACACAGUCGGCUGGGCCCUCCUCCACGUCCCUCAGCCUGCCGGCCAGCACCCACAGCUCAGCCUUGGGCUACAGCCACCCCGUGCCCCCCUCUUCCCAGGGCAGCAUGAUCCAGGGGCCUGGCCCAAGCCCAGGCUACGGUUCUUCCUCUUCUUCCUCCUCCCGCAGCAACCUCAACAUGCAGUCCAACCCAGUCUCCAUGAUGCAGCAGCCUCAUUACCCGUCGUCCCAGACUGGGGCCGGGCAGCAGCACUACCAGGGCCAACAGACUGCUAUGGGCAUGUUGGGGCAGAGCGGACAAGGCAACAGUAUGGUGAGCCAGAGGCCCAUGGGGACUUACCGACCCACACAGCAGGGAUGUGCACUGCAGUACAUGGGACAAGACGAGUUCUACGGAGAGCAGUAUGGACACACUCAGAGCUCCAGUGAGCCCAUAAACCAGCAGUAUUACCCUGAUGGUCAAGCCGAGUACUCCUACCAACAGUCGUCCUACGGCGAACAGGGCUAUGAGAGGCCCUUUGACGAGUCCUCACAGCACUACUACGAAGGAGGCAACUCCCAGUACAGUCAGCAGCAAGCCCAGUACCAGCAUGGCUCAGGUCAGCAGCAGCCCUUCAGCCAACAACAGUACCCCUCACAGCAGGGCUACAGCACACAGCAACAGGGCUAUGGUCCAGGUCAGGGUGCGUCGUCCCAGUACUCCCAGUACCAGCAGGGUCAGGGCCAGCAGUAUAGCUCCUACCGCUCCUCCCAGGCUGCCCCUGGGGCACAGACACAGAGGCCCUACGCUUACGAACAGGUACAGCUACAGCUACCCCUGACCCCACGUUUUGAGGAGGACGGUGCUGUCCAACCAAACAUUGGGGUCAAUAUGGAAACUACCAGCAAUAAGGCACCACCUCCUGGGCAAACUGGUGGACAGGUUAGGCAAGGGAACAGUUCUGUGAAUGCCCCUUAACAGUCAUGUGUAAACCAGUCUGAGUAAAUUAGUUAGAUUAAGCUCUGAAUCCUUUUAGUUUGCUGAGAGACAGAUUACAAUGCUAGAAUAUCAGCUCCAUUGUCUGCUUGUUCACUAUUUUCUAGCUGAGUAGAGGUUAACUGGUUCAGGAGAUCCUGUAUGAGGCACCUCUCAUCUCUGCUUUCUCUCCUCACCCUCUAUAAGAGGCUUUGAAUUAGGGGGGUAUCUGGUAACAAAUCGGGGCAUCCUCAAUAGUAUUAUUAUAUUAACAUGGGCACUAUAUGUGUUUUAAACUCAUGUGAAAUUUUAAACCUGCCUCUAAAUGUCUUCCUUCCUUGGUCUGUGACCUCUAUCAGCCUCUACCUGGCUCCUCAUAUCCUUCCUUUCUGUCUUUGUCUUUCACAGGGUGCACAAUACAAGUGCUAUCCUCUCUUUAAGAAUGUAAUUGGAAAUGUGCCAAUUAGGUUGUUCACAUUUACAUAAGAUUGAUCUAAUACCAUACAAUCAGCAUCUAUUAUUCAGUGUAGAGAAUAACUUAAGAGUUGACUCUUGAUAAGUGUACUUUGAUUAAAGUGAAAAUGGGGCUUGUCGGUGGUGUUCAACCUGUCUUCAGGUUGUGUUUUUUAAAAUCUGUGAAGUUGUGUAGGUCAGUCAGUGUGUGGUGUGACCGACUGUUUUGUGUUAACACUCUCUUUGUGUAAGAAGAACCAAUGUUUUAGUAAGGUAAUAGACACAAUAGCUGGUGAAUUGACAAGUGUGCAUCAACUACUCUACAUUGCCAAAAGUAUGUGGACAUCUGCUCAUCGAACAGACUGCCAGAUGGUGAAGCGUGAUUCAUCACUCCAGAGAACAUGUUUCCACUGCUCCAGAGUCCAAUGGCGGUGAGCUUUAUACCACUCCAGCCGACGCUUUGCAUUGCACAUGUUGAUCUUAGGCUUGUGUGCGGCUGCUCGACCAUGGAAACCAAUUUCAUGAAGCUCCCGAUGAACAGUUAUUGUGCUGACGUUGCUUCCAGAGGCAGUUUGGAACUCAGUAGUGAGUGUUGCAACUUCAGCUUCUGUCAGUCCCGUUCUGUGAGCUUAUGUGGCCUACUACUCGCGGCUGAGCCGUUGUUACUCCGAGACGUUUCCACUUCACAAUAACAGCACUUACAGUUCACCGGGGCAGCUCUAGCAGGGCCGAAAUUUCACAAACUGACUUGCUAGAAAGGGGGCAUCCUAUGACGGUGCCAUGUUGAAAGUCACUGAGCUCUUCAUUAAGGCCAUUCUACUGCCAAUGUUUGUGUAUGGAGAUUGUAUGGCUGUGUACUCGACUUUAUACACCUGUCAGCAACGGGUGUGGCUAAAAUAGCCGAAUCCACUAAUUUGAUGGGGUCCACAUACUUUUGUAUAUAUAGUGUAUCAACACCAUCAUAAUCUCAUCACAUAAUACAGUAUGGAAAAUACAUGUCCAUGAUCAACCCCUUUUGUUCAUUCUUAAAUUUGGUCUGAUUGCCUUUCUAUUUUUUAACUAAGUGUUUUUUUAAAUAAGCUAAAUCAUUUAACUUUCAUAUGGUAUAUUGGAACUUUUUCCAUCCUAUAUUUAUUUAUCAAUUAAUUUUAUUUAAUUAUCAGAUGUUUCAGUAUUUAUUAUUCUGUUUUAUUCUCUGUAAUGCACAUUUAUUUAUCAUAAUGUCAUUCAAGUUGUUUCUAAGAAAUAAUUUCCAAACAGAAGAAUGUGUUUGGCAAUCGGUACAACACCUUUUCAAUAGGAGCAAUACAGUCAGUCAUUGGAGCAGAGUGAUAUUAUCAGUAGGCUUGUAAUUAGAUGUUCUGUGUGCUACCACACAUUUUUGAGUCUAUAGCCUAUUAGAGUACAAAAAUGAAAGUCUUAUUAGCCUUGUGUCUUGUUGAAUACAUAACCCAAAGUAUUAUUGUUGGCAAUUGGGUUUGGAUUUUGCUUCAACUGUCUUAGCCCAUAUGAAUGGAUUUUUCAUUUUUUUAAAUUAUGUUUUUACGAAAUGUAUGUAGUCAUAGCCUAUGUCUGUGAGUGCAUAUGACAUACUGGCAUAUUUGGUUUCCAGCAACUAAAAAGUUUGCCAUUUGUCUUGCUCAAUAGACUAUAUUUGACGUGAUCAUAGAUCAAGUUCGGAGGUAAGGCCUUAGUGUUAUAGAAGACAAUUGUCAAAUCAGUUUGUCACACAAACACAUUGCCUUAUUAUUUAUUGACAAAGUACAAUAAAGAUAUUUUG